UUAAAAAGAGUCAGUCUUAAAUUCUUACUUCCUAUAACCAGUCUUCAUUUUGAAGUGGCUUAAAUCCUAAGAAGAAUUUUAUUUACGAAGUAUAAAAGCAUCGAAUACCUGUGCCAAACGUGAGCAAAUCUGGUCAACAUGUCAACUAUUCGUGGCGAAUUGAAUUUCUCAGCUAACAUAAUAAAAAGCUCAGUAAAAUUGUAUCUCAAUCCGGAUAUUUCUGACGUUGUAUUUGUGGUCGAUGGUGAAAAGGUGCCAGCUCAUAAAUUUAUUCUCAGCCUGCGAAGCUCUUAUUUCCAUGCAUUGAUCAGUGGUAGCUUUUCGGAAUCAUCGCGAAGUGAAAUUGUGUUGAAUGUGCCGUUGAUUGCAUUCAAACAUGUUCUUCGUUACAUUUACACCGGAUGCGUUUCCCUUCAAGAGAUGGAUCGUGAAACUGUACUCGAAUUGCUGAGUUUAUCCGACGAAUACACAAUCGAAGAACUAAAAUCUGGAAUAACCUCGUAUUUAAAGGAAACUGUAACGAUAAACAACUGUUGGACAGCGCUUAACACUGUGUGUUUAAACCAAUCCAAAGAAAUGGAAGCCGCUGUACUGCACGUUUUGCGUCAAAAUACGGAAGCAGUGUUGCAGAGUGAUGAUUUAAAAACUUUUUCGAGUGGUUCGUUGCGCGCAUUAUUGCAACGUGAUACGUUCUUCGUUGCAGAAAUUGACUUAUUCAAAGCAGUGCUCAAAUGGCGUCAACAUAAUACAGAUGUACCAGACAAUGAUUUUCAAACGAUCGUCUCAAGUAUCCGAUUCGAAUUGGUGGAAUUGGAACAUUUAGUUUCUACAGUAAGGGAAUCAGGAGCUCUAAGUGAUUACGGCGAAAACAUUUACCAAGAAUCUUAAUUAUCGCAGCGAUUGUAGGCCUGGGAUAAAUGUUGCUACAACGGAAUUCAAUGCAAAAGUCAUUAAGGGUUCAGAGCCAUUACAGCUUUUAAAUGGCAAUGUCAUUGAAUAUGGCGAUCUCGUUGGAUUCACUCAUCAUGAUAUGUGUGGCUCUGAUACCCAUUUUAUUGUUGUGGAACUAGACCAUAUUUUCAUGUUGAAUCAGAUGGAUAUGCUUUUGUGGGACCGGGACAACCGCUCCUAUUCGUACCACGUUGAGGUGUCAACAAACCAAGAGCAAUGGCAACGCAUAAUCGAUCAUACAAAAAAUUGGUGUCGCUCAUGGCAGUUUUUGCAUUUUGAAGCUCAGCCAGUUCGAUACAUUAAGAUUGUUGGCACUCACAAUAC